CUUGUGCGCUACAGCUCGGAAGGUGUCCUGCAGCUGGGGCCUCUGGGCUCAACAUCCUUUCUGCCUGACUCCAAAUGCCUUGUUGAUGAUGGAAAUGGCAGGACACCGACUCUGAAGAAGUGUGAAGAUGUCCUGAGGCCAGCACAGAGGUUCUGGGAUUUCACACAGAAUGGUCCAAUCAUCAGCAGAGACACUGGCCGUUGUCUAGAAGUGGAAAUGUCAAAGGAUGCUAAUUUUGGGCUCAGAUUAGUUGUACAAAGGUGCUCGGGGCAAAAGUGGAUGAUUAGAAACUGGAUAAAACAUGGCAGACACUGA